AUGGAGGCGGAAGAAGCGUUGGAGAGGGAGUUGGAGGAGGCGGCUGGGGUCGUCGUCGUGCAGGAAGGUAGUGGCGGGGGCGGCGGUGGCGAGAGGGAGGAUGUAAGAAUGGAUGUGGAUAUGGAUGUGGAUGUGGAUAGUGAGAUCGCGAGGGAGUUGGAUUUGGCGGUGGAGGAGAGUCAGAGUUUGGCGAGUAAUUCGCCUGUGCAUGGACAUGGACGUGGGCCGAGCGAGGGCAGGAUAGAGAAGGAGAGGGGGGGAUUGGUGAAGGUGAAGGCGGGAGAGGGAGCAACCAUGCACAUGGACAGGCCGCGAAGAUGGACGUGGAUGCGGACGAUGAGCUGCAUCGUCAUCGUCGACAUGAUCGCGUCCGUGUCUGCUCCUUUGUUGACGACACCGGCAGCAAAACGCGUGCCUCCGACGACGACGGUCGCGUCUUCUUCCUCUUCCAAUCACAAUGACAAUUUCAAUUCGAACUUCAACUCCAACCCCAAUUUCAAUUCGAAUUAUGCGUCCUCUCCUUCCUCCAACCCUCUUUCUUCAUUCAACCCCGCCCCCGCCUUCAGCCCUAGCUCGUCUUUACAUCCUUCACAAUCCCCACAUCCACAAAUGCCGCCCUCAACCUCGACAUCCUCAUACGCAACAACAACAGGACCAACAUACACAUCCUCCCACCCUCUUCCUCUUCCAGCAACUCCGCGAUCCGUGUCCGCCCUCGCGGGUCCUGGCGUGGUCAAGAGCGAGAGAGAAUCGAUGCCCUCGCCUGCGAUUCGGCCGCCUGGACGGGAUGUGGACGGUUCGGGUGCGGGCGGGAUGGGUGAGGAAAAGGAGAAGGAGAGGGCGGUGGUCGUAGGGAGUGCGACGGCGGGGUCGAGGAAGAAAGUGAGUUUUUGCACCGAAACCGAAGACCUAAAAACCAGCCCACCCCAAAUCAGCCAAAUCCUCUAA